AUGACAGCGUAUGCUUUCGUCUGGAUCACCAAGUACUACACCGACUACAAACACGAGCCUGUACGCACAUUAGCUCUUUCUAGCUCCACAGGACAUGGGACUAACAUUAUUGCUGGCAUCAGUUUGGGUCUGGAGUCCACUGCUCUUCCUGUCCUUGUCAUAAGCAUAGCUAUUGUUUCAGCUUUCUGGCUGGGUAAUACUUCAGGAUUGGUUGAUGAAACUGGAAAUCCAACUGGUGGGUUGUUUGGCACAGCUGUAGCUACCAUGGGAAUGCUUAGCACUGCAGCUUAUGUUCUCACCAUGGAUAUGUUUGGUCCAAUAGCUGAUAAUGCCGGUGGAAUUGUUGAGAUGAGUCAGCAGCCUGAAAGUGUUCGGGAGAUUACUGAUGUUCUUGAUGCUGUUGGGAAUACAACAAAAGCUACCACUAAAGGAUUUGCCAUCGGAUCUGCUGCACUUGCAUCUUUCCUUCUGUUCAGUGCUUAUAUGGAUGAGGUAGCUGCAUUUGCUCAAGCGCCAUUUCACCAGGUUGACAUUGCCAUUCCUGAAGUAUUUGUAGGUGGAUUGUUGGGCUCUAUGCUAAUAUACCUAUUUAGUGCAUGGGCCUGUGCUGCAGUUGGUCGAACUGCUCAAGAGGUGGUUAAGGAAGUAAGAAGACAGUUUAUUGAGAGACCUGGUAUCAUGGACUACAAGGAAAAACCAGAUUAUGGUCGCUGUGUAGCCAUUGUUGCUUCUGCAUCUUUGAGGGAGAUGAUAAAACCUGGAGCUUUGGCUAUCAUAUCACCUAUAGUAGUUGGUAUUGUGUUCCGGAUUUUGGGAUACUACGUGGGGCAUCCUCUACUUGGGGCUAAAGUUGUGGCUGCCAUGUUGAUGUUUGCAACUGUCUCUGGUAUUCUUAUGGCUCUUUUCCUGAACACCGCUGGUGGUGCUUGGGAUAAUGCGAAGAAGUACAUAGAGACAGGGGCUCUUGGAGGCAAAGGGAGUGACUGUCACAAAGCAGCAAUUACCGGUGACACUGUAGGAGACCCAUUCAAAGACACAGCAGGACCUUCUCUCCAUGUUCUAAUCAAAAUGCUUGCAACUAUAACGCUCGUCAUGGCUCCUGUUUUCCUGUGA